GCGAGGAGGGUGAGAAGGGACGGCGGGGCCGAGACGAGAACGGGCGAUGGGUCACCAGCCCUGUCCGUGAUCGCAAACCCUUGGUUGCUUUGAAACUGUCCUGCUUCAGAGCCUUUUCCCUUCCCCGCCUGAGCCCCGCACCCUACCCCACUCGGACCCGAGCCUUCAGCCCAAACAGCCAGUGCUGACCCGUCCCCUUCCUCUUCUUCAGCCGUGACCCGAGCCCAGCCCUUACCCUCACCCCUUCACCACUGGUCUUGCGUAAGUGCAGCCACACUCGACCCCACGGUAGCCCACUUGCAACCCCUAGGACAGCCACUUCCCUCCGCCUCCCUCUAACGCGUGUCAUUCUCACCCCUCAACCCCUUUGGCGAUCCCAGUGCUCCACGCAAACCUCCUCGAACCCCCCCUCCCCCCUCCCCGUCUUUCUGGCUUACCCCUUUUCAGGCUCAGCUUUCUUAUCCCAGCCCCCCUGCUCAGCCCCCCAAGGUCUGCUCAGCCAAAACACCCACCUCCCCCCACUCAUUUAAUACCUACCACCACAGUAGAUGCCCUAUUGCGCUUACCCCCCCUCUUCUUGAUAACUCUGAUCUCAGCCCUGUCUCAAGUCUUGUAUGUAUCUUCUUGUCCUCACCCACUCAACCCCUAACUUCCAAGCCCACCACGUACUUUCUUUCCAUCCCCAGCCAGCCUGAGGACACUUCAUUCCUGAGGCUUUGCUAAACCACCCCGCAACUCUUGCUGCCCUAGUUCCCACCACCCCUACCCAAUCUUGUUAGAUUGACGUCUUCCUAUCCCCAUUUCAACUCUUCAUCCCAACUCUGUGCCCAUUCUUCCCUUGAUGUGGUCCCCAUUUGAUCUGAGAACCUAGUGCAGUCCCCUGCCAACCCCACCUGCUUUCUCAGAGCCAGGCACUUGCCGAACACCUCAAUUGAUGCGGGGCCUCAGAUGGUAAGUAAGUGUGGAGGAGUAGAGAUCCUUCUCCCGUGGGUCAAGUGCUUUUCCUGGAUGUCAGGUCCCCUGUAGCUGUCCUUAAGGAUUGUGUUCCUGGCAUCCAUAUUACAUUACUCGCGUUGGCUGCUGGAAUGGUAGGUAUCAUCCAAAUACCUGGAAGGUGAGGGAUAGCUACUCAUUCAGCUGGGGCAGUGGGAGCUUAUCACUUCCUUUUGGGUGAUGAUCUGGAGAAACUCAAGGGGUUCCACUGUGUGGGGUUGGCUGUGGUCACAGAAUCAUGUCCGUGUGUAUUGCCCUGCCGCUUAGAAAGGACCCUCACCCAGUGCUCCUCCUGGCCAGAAGUGGUUGUAGAUUAGUCCCGCUACCGAAUGUGCCAGAGGUGACGUUACAUGUUGUGAAGAGUAGAGAUGAGUGGAUCCUGGGGACGCCGAGGCCUCCGUGGAGGCUGUUGAAUUGCUUCCUGUUUUUGCAGGUGCUGGAUCAUUGAGUUUUGACCAUUUUGAUUACCCAUGAACACAGAGAGUCAAGUUAUCUCAGAGUAGCAGGACAUUCUUGAGGCACCCAGGCUCCAUUGUUAACAUUUAUAAUCUCCUGGGAUUUGGGGGUGCACCUCCCCUCUAAGUUCUGGUGACCAAACUCCAAAGGAUUGGCCAUUUGACAGCCAUUGUAAAGGACCCCAAAGAAGACCCAUUGUCUCUGCUUGCAUUUAUAGUCUCACGCCUUUGAGAAUUGGAUGUCCUUUGACCUUCAAUAUCCGCUUCCGUUAAGGUGUGGUCUCUGAAGGGUUUCAGCCUGUUGGCAGCUUGGUGUAAUGGAAGGAGUUCCACAGUGACCCCACCACUGAAAAGUUGUAUACCUCAACCUCUUACGGUCUGCAACGGUCUGAGCCUUUUUAUUUUACUCAUCUGUUCAUUCAGCAAGUAUUUUUUGAGCACCACUGUGUGCCGUGCACUGUUUGAAGCAUUAGAAAUACAAUGGUGAAUGAGUCAGGCAAAGGUCCUGCUUUCAUUCACUCGGAGUUUGGUCCUUGGCAGAAUCUUAAGGGAUCUGGGACAAGAAUAUGGGAGAGAUGGGUGUUGUUGGAUGGAAGGAGGGAGGGAGGAAAGAAAGAUACCCAGUGUUCUUAGACUUCACAUUUCUGGCCUCACCCACUAGCCUUUGGACUGGGAAUCACGAGCUAGAAGUUGCUUGCCCUCCAGCUGAUAUUCAGUUGCUUUGUUGCCCUUCCCGCCCCCCCCCCCCACCCAUCCCACCCCCCACAGGGCUCUUGUCUAGAAAUCCAACUUUCUUCAGGUAGAAGGAGGUGCUGUUUACUCAGCACUCACAUGUCUGAAGUAUCAGCUGUCUUUCUGAAUCAGAAGAUAACUUUGUCAUUUGUUUCCAACUGAAAACCCUGACUCAUCACCUGGUACAGCAGCUGGAGGGCUUAAACACCGGCCUGUUGUCGUGCAUAGCCAGGUGCAGGAUCGGAGUCAGGCCGUAGAGACGAAGCUGUCGCGGAUGGCGGGGAAGUCUCUCAGAAGAAGAGGUUGCUGUUUACUGAUGAACGGAGUGUUUCGAAAGUGGCGAAGCCAGGUUAUCCAUUUCUUCUUUUAAUGUGUCAUGUGAUUCUCCGAGGGAGCUGCAGUGUGAGCGGAAAUGCUCUCGGUGGUGGAGAAUGGACUGGACCCCCGGGCUGCCAUCCCGGUCAUCAAGAAGAAGCUAGUGGGAUCUGUGAAGGCGUUGCAGAAGCAGUACGUGUCCUCGGACACAGUGGUCACUAGCGAAGACGGAGAUGCCAACGCCAUGUGCAGUGCCCUGGAGGCUGUAUUUAUCCACGGCCUGCAUGCCAAGCACAUCCGAGCCGAGGCCGGAGGGAAAAGGAAGAAGAGCGCCCACCAGAAGCCUCUGCCUCAGCCUGUCUUCUGGCCCCUCCUGAAAACUGUCACCCACAAACACAUCGUCUCGGAAUUGGAGCACCUGAUCUUUGUCAGCACGGACGUGGGCCGCUGCCGGGCCUGGCUGAGGCUGGCCCUCAAUGACGGCCUGAUGGAGUGCUACCUGAAGCUGCUCCUCCAGGAGCCCGCCCGCCUGUGCGAGUACUAUCAGCCCACAGCCCUGCUUCGAGACGCCGAGGAGGGCGAGUUCCUCCUCAGCUUCCUGCAGGGACUGACGUCCUUAUCCUUCGAGCUCUCCUACAAGUCCGCCAUCUUAAACGAGUGGACGCUUACCCCACUGGCUCUCUCUGGGCUUUGCCCGCUCUCUGAGCUCGACCCCCUCACCACCUCUGGGACCGAACUACAGCGGAAAGAGUCUCUGGAUUCAAUGUCCCAUUCCUCAGGCUCGGAGGACAUCGAAGUCCAGCACUCAGGCCAUAAGAUCCGACGGAACCGGAAGCUCACGGCCUCCUCCCUCAGCCUGGACACCGCCAGUUCAUCCCAGCUGUCUUGCAGCCUAAACUCUGAUAGCUGCCUACUCCAAGAGAAUGGCUCCAAGAGUCCAGACCGUUCCGAGGAGCCCAUGUCCUACGACUCCGACCUGGGGACAGCAAAUGCCGAUGAUUCAGACCCGUCUCUGCAAGAGGUAUUGUCGGAAUUCAGCAAAGCCCAGGUAAACUCUGUGCCAACCAACGGACUGAGCGGACUGAGUGGAGAAAUGGAGAUUCCCACGGGGCGGGCCUCACUCCCCCUCCCCGGCCUGGAGGCCAGCAUCCCUUUUGAUGUGCCCGCAGAGCCCCUCCCGCCCCAAGCAUCCUCUGGGACUCAAGAUGGGGACCGCAAGCAGGAGCCGCCUCCCCAGGCACCUGGCACCCUGGGCUUGCUGCAGUUGGGCACUGCCAAAGCUGUCCCCUCGGUGAGCAUUUUAGACCAGAGGCCUUCCAGUCCCGUGAGAGAGGCGGCGGCCAGAGCAGUCAGCCCGGGGAGCGGCCAGCAGAAGUCUCUGGAGGAUGAUGGAGCUGCACGGAGCCUUGGGGUGUCCUCACCCACCAGCCCGAGCAGGAGCUGGAUUUCAGAGGAUGACUUCUACCGGCCUCCCCAGGAGCCGCCCGCAGAGAGCCCUUCAGAACACUCCGUGGCUUCUUCUGGAGGGACUCCGGAGUCCAGGCCUGGGCUCCUCCGGCAUUUUUCUCAAGGGCCAAGGAAAAGCCACUCCACGGGGGCCUUAGACCAAGCGUGCGUGCCUUCCCCAGGAGGCCGGCCAAGCAGGGCAGCGGCGGCCCAGGAGCACCAGAACUUCAGGGUGGUGCACCGUAGGCAGAUGGGGCUGUCCAACCCAUUCCGGGGUCUCAUGAAGCUGGGCACCGUGGAGCGGCGGGGGGCGAUGGGCAUCUGGAAGGAACUCUUCUGCGAGCUCUCCCCUCUGGAGUUCCGCCUCUACCUGAACACCGAGGAACGCACCUGCGUGGAGAACUGCUCCCUGCUGCGCUGCGAGGCCGUGGGGCCAGCCCACGGCGACGGCCGCUUCGAGCUGGUCUUCUCUGGCAGGAAGCUGGCCCUGCGGGCCUCCUCCCAGGACGAAGCCGAGGACUGGCUGGACCGGGUGCGGGAGGCCCUACAGAAGUGCCGGCCCCAGCAGGAGGAUGAGUGGGUGAACAUCCAGUACCCUGAGCAGCCCGAGGACCCCCCAGACGCCCCCCAGGGUGGCCUCCACUCCCACCCGGACCCACCCACUGAGCCCGAGACUCUCCAGGGCACGCAGUUCUGUUGGUCCUCUGCCCAAGUUCCCGAGCCAGAUGCUAUUAAAGAAUCCCUUCUGUACCUGUACACGGACAGGACCUGGAUGCCCUAUAUUUUUUCCCUAUCCUUGGAGUCUCUGAAAUGCUUCCGAGUGAGAAACAACGAGAAAAUGUUAAGUGACAGCCACGGAGUUGAGACCAUCCGAGACAUCCUGCCAGACACGAGCCUCGGGGGCCCAUCCUUCUUCAAAAUCAUCACGGCCAAGGCCGUCCUGAAGCUGCAGGCCGGGAAUGCUGAGGAGGCCGCCCUGUGGAGGGAGCUGGUGCGCAAGGUCCUGGCGUCCUACUUGGAGACAGCCGAGGAGGCGGUGACACUGGGCGGGAGUCUGGACGAAAACUGUCAGGAGGUGCUGAAGUUCGCCACGCGGGAGAAUGGCUUCCUGCUGCGGUACCUCGUGGCCAUCCCCACGGAGAAAGGCCUCGACUCCCAGGGCUGCUUCUGUGCAGGCUGCUCCCGGCAGAUUGGCUUCUCGUUUGUACGACCCAAGCUUUGUGCCUUCUCUGGCCUCUAUUACUGCGACAUCUGCCACCAGGACGAUGCCUCGGUGAUUCCGGCCAGGAUCAUCCACAACUGGGACCUCACCAAGCGCCCGAUCUGCCGGCAGGCUCUGAAGUUCCUGACGCAGAUCCGGGCCCAGCCCCUCAUCAGCCUGCAGCUGGUGAACGCCUCGCUGUACGAGCAUGUGGAGCAGAUGCGCCUCGUCCGGAGGAGACGGGAGCAGCUGAAGCUUCUGGGGGAUUACCUGGGCCUGUGCCGAAGUGGGGCCCUGAAGGAGCUGAGCAAGAGGCUCAACCACAGGAAUUACCUCUUGGAGUCUCCCCACAAGUACAGUGUUGCUGACCUCCAGCAGAUCGCAGACGGGGCGUACGAAGGGUUCCUCGAUGCCCUGAUCGGAUUCGCCUCCCAGCACGUCUACCACUGCGACCUGUGCACCCAGCGUGGCUUCAUCUGCCAGAUCUGCCACCACCACGACAUCAUCUUCCCCUUCGAGUUUGACACCACCGUCAGGUGCGGCGAGUGCAAGACUGUCUUCCACCAGAGCUGCCAGGCCGUGGUGAAGGGGGGCUGUCCCCGCUGUGCCCGCCGGCGCAAGUACCAAGAAAGGAGCGCUCUCCUCUAAGCCGCUGCGCCAUCCCCGGCCCGAGACUGCGGGGCAGCGGCUCGCAGCCAGCCCGGCCGCCUGUGGCAUCAGCCUGCAUACUCUCGAGGUAUCCCAGCCGUGUCCCCUGUCGGGAGGACCCAGAUGCAGCUGGAGCACGAGCCUACCAGACGAAGCCCUCAAGGAUGUCCCCCAGUCCCUCUACCACCCGUCUGCUCCACAAGGUGGGGACGCCAUCAGAUGCCCCCCCCCGACCCCCGUCCCAGGGGAAGCAGGGAGGGGAGCUUUGCACUAACCAGGCCCCAGCUCACCUCACAGACACGGCACCUCCAUCAGGGCUCUUCAAACACUGUGGAAACCACACUUGGGCACGUGCUCAGUUCCACAUUCCGGAUUCAAAAAAGGUCUAGUUUUUUAAGGUGGGUUUUUUCCCUUCAUAUUUCAAUAGAAAAUAUUUUUUUAUUCUUGACCCUACACAAGUCACCUGAGAAAUCCAGACAUUCUCAUGCGGAGCAAACACGUGGGAACAUUUGGCCUGCGGGCCAAAGGCAGGUGGCUGGGCGGGCAGGCCGCCGCUGGGCCAGAGCCUGUCAGCUCUAUGGGUGCCUUUCCUUCACCCGCGCCUGACACUGCUGCCCACGGCUCAAAUACGACGUGCCAAACUGCCCAGGGGCUGUCAGGGUCGGUCCCGAUGACCACCCUCUUCCUCUCCCUUGCCUCUUUUCGCCCUGCCCUGCCCUCCUCACCUGAAAAGCCCGUCACCUCUCUCCGCGUCACCUCUCUCUGCGUCAGAGCCCCCUGGCUCCGCCGUAGCCUGGGCUCUCGGUCCCUGCGGGAGAAGGGAGGGACUCGGAACCAGCACUGUGAGCACUUUGAGCCCUCGCUUGGUCCAGGGCCGGGUCAUCAUCUUGCCCACCCCUCAGCCCCGUGUCCUCCUCACCUACUGCAGACCCAAAGCCAGACGGGCGGGGCUGCUGCAGACACACUCUCAGGGGGACACCCCCCACCCCCCACCGCCUGACUGACCCCUGCUGGGACAGAGGAAGGCGGGGCCCACAGAGAGGGCAGUGAGCCCAGGCCAGCCUUGGGCACCGUGGAGUGGUGACCCCCGUCCUCCCAGGAAGAGUGCCAGCCGUGCUGCGGCGAUGUGUGGGGGCGGCCGCCUCGUGGGAGGGAUGCCUAGCCUCAGUUUACAAAGCCAUGAAUUCACAAAGCUUUGCUGGACUGGCCCGGAGGGGGCGCCGCCAGAGACUAGAGAAUUUCCCCAGAGCACGAUUGCCUUUUGAAGGGGCGUGGGGUAGAGUGCGAGCCUGGAAUGGUUUGCAAAGUGAUGUUUAGACCCUGUGGUUUGGGAGCGAUUCCCCUGCUGCCUUCCCCCAUCUCUCCUGGACCCAUCGCCCCCCUGAUCCCCAGCCCUGGGCCGUCUGGCCGUCCUGUCAGCUCUCCCCUUGGAUUGGGGGCCUCAGGUGGAGACUGCCUUUCACUGUCAAGAGAUGAAUCUACUCCCACCUCUCCCCUGGGGUGAUUCGGCUGCUGAGUCACCUGCCCAGCCCUGUGGAGCUGGAUAAGUUGUGCAAUAGAAGAGAGGAGGUGGUAGGCAGGUGGGGGAGGGGGCUGCCACACAGCCUGUCUGUCCCCUGUCACGGAAACAGUACGCACCUAUGCCCGGCACACCAAAGCCUCCUAAACGGGGAAGUGGAUCCCCAUCCUCAGCCCGCACCCCCACAGCCAGGAUUAAUGCCCCACCGCAGACCCAGCGCGACCGGCCAGAGCCACAGAUGCCCCAGAUCCCCCAGUGGCCCAGAGCCGGCCUGGGACGGCGGGUGGUGCCGCCCAGGCCGGGCCUCAUCUCAGGCCCGUGAGAACAAUGUGCGCGCCAGAAGGUGCCCUAGGAGGCAUCAGGAGUGGGGCCCCAGAGGAGCUCGCUUAGGCUGUGUGGGGCCUGUGCCCCCCCUCCUCCCCCACCACCCCCACCGGGGACUAGCAGCAUUAGCUACAAUUCAGCCUCUCCCCAGUACCAGAAAGCUGCUGAUGCUUCCCGAUGAGUUGACUCUUACCCUCUCACCUCCAAUGGAAAGCUGAUGUGAACCUCAGUGGUGCCCACACUAUUUUUAAAACGCCAUUUUAUGCAAUAAACUGUUUUCUAGUGAGGCGCGCUGGCCCCGAACGGCGCUUUGCAAUGUACUGAAGGAACUGCUGCUGUGUGAUUUUUGAAUGAUUUUGCAGUAAAGACCUGAUCUUUCUCA